AUUUUUUGACACCUGUCAAUGAGGUUAAGUUCUCGGUAUUUUUCUGUCAGUUUCACGUGUCAACAACACAACAAUGAGCAAUUCGUUCGGUCUGCACAACGAGGACGACCUAUUUUACUUCGAAUCGGAUCAUUUGGCCCUGCGAGGCAGCAAAGAAUACAGCGAGCUGCUGAAAACCGUGCUAUUGCUGUCGAUACACCGGGAAAAGGCCAUCAAGGACUUCAAUAAGGUCUGCGAGCUGAAAAAGGAGUACUUAAAGAGGCCUCGCAAGGAUGUUAAAGGCAUCCCGGAGAUGUUGGAGCUGCCCAAGAUACCGAGAAUCGAUUUUGAGAAGUUUAACGUGCAGAUACCCCAGGAGGAGCUGAAUUUCAUUUAUUCGGAGAAUAAAAAUGUUGAACAAGGUGAUAAGGUGGGUUCGCUGACACAGGCAAAGCACGGUAAGGCGUGGACGCCGGAAGAACAAAAACGUUUGGAGGAGUUGCUGGUUGUUUAUCCCGCUGAAGCCGUUGAAGCUAAACGUUAUCAAAAAAUAGCCAAAGCGCUCGGAACAAGGUCUGCUCAGCAAGUUUGCAGUCGACUGCAAAAAUACUUCCUUAAACUAUACAAAGCUGGUAUUCCUGUGCCUGGUAGAAUACCGAAGUACGGGGAAAGACACAAACGCUCUUUGGCGCAUCGCCAUCAGAAAAACAAUCAUUUCCUAUGGAAACAGACGACUUUUUUCCCGGAAUUAAUAGUGCCUGUCACUUUGAAUGAACAUGAAAGUAUACCCGGGCCAAGUUUAUCCCAGCAUUCCUCUUCAUCAUCGUCUUCAAACUACUUAAUCCCGUCAACGUAUCAUCAUGAAACAACAACGCAAAAAAGCGAUAAAAAUGAUGGUGAGCUUAAGUUGGACCUUCUGAAACGUAUCAAGCUCGAAAAACAAAAACAAAACGAUGAUUCACCGUAUUACCACAUAGGUUUUUCGUGUGAUUUCUGCAAUGAAGAUCCUAUUGUAGGUUCACGUUGGCACUGCAUAUCAUGUAAUACGGACUCUAUAGACUUUUGUACUGAUUGCAUGGUGUCUCAAAUAUACUCCGAUAACCCCCACCCUAUAUCGCAUAAUUUUUAUAUUUACAAUGACGAAAUAGAUGAAAACAACAGUGAUAGCGAAAUCCAUUCCGGAAAUUGUAUUAGUUCAAACGAAAGCGAGUGCAAUUUUAGCAAAAACGUGGAAAAUGAUGUCAAAACGAUUAAAACUGAACCAACAAGUGAUAUGGAGAUAGAGGAUGUUUCAUACAGUUAUCUACAUUCAAACCUAAUGUUUCAUGAAAAUGACUAAAUUUAAAUUAUAUUGGUUUUGUUGGGUACCUACCUACAUAGGUAUAUUUUAUCUAAAUUCCAAUUUUAUGUUGUAUUUUUUAUUGAAUGACUAUUUGUUUAUUUAUUGAACCGUAUUUUAUGCAUAGAAGUAUAUAUACAUUAAAAAAUA